AUGUCAAUCAAUGAAAGAAGCAGGUGCGUUCGAUGGCGCAUUGGUUGGCUACCAGGUGGAAAACCCAAACCAUGUCCAAGAUGCCGUGAACAAAAGGGCACUGUACGAAACCAUCUUAUCCAUUGCCUUAACAUGCAUGCAAGGCUUAAGAUAUCCAAUCACAUUGAGGACCCUCUUUCGUGGAUUUUAAAUCGUCUCCCAAAAACUCGUCCUCGUCGCAGCAAUACACGACAUUAUUGGUGCUCGAUUUGGCCAGCAGUCUGUCUCAUUCUAGACGAUCUUGAAAACAUACAACACCCUGAGUAUGAGCCUCAGUCCAUAUACUCAGAAGAUCCCCCUGGUCAUCGCUUGGUACAAUGGUUAUCACAAGAGUCUACUGCCAUACCAUCUCCUUCUGAUUCAUCUCAAACUGCCUCUCGCUAG